AUGGCUACACGUCGUAGUGAACGGAUCGGCUCACAACAAGUAACCAACCCUCCGACCGAUAAUCACGAAUCAACAACGACUUCUGUUCCGAACCCUCCAAUGGAACAAGAUAUGACUGACAGCCUGCCAACCCCCAACGUCAGCCAUGCCGCUGUCCCCAGCGCCAAUGCACCUUCGAGCCAGCCUGUAGGGAUCAGUAAUGAAUCGGCAGGGACCAACACAGAAACCCCUAUCGAGAGUGUCACGGAGCAACCAAGUGACAUAAGCCCUCUACAGGACCAGAUCCUCGACCCGGCGAGGCCUAUUGCGUCUUACACGCUAGAGGAACUUCGUGCUUUCUCUCCAGCUCAACGCCUAGCCUAUAAGACCCGGGUUGAGCAAGAAAAGGCACAACGGGAGUGGGAAAUCGAAUCCGAAAUCCUAUUCACCACAGCACAAGCGCUGGCGGAGCCUUUCGAACCAACUGUUUCCAUGGUCCGCAGUGGACGAAACGUGCAGAAUACCACUUAUAAUGCUCCAAGUGAAUCUGACGCCCCUGGAGAACCGAUGGAGGUUGAAGAACCCAUCGAAGCUGCUCCGAGAGCGAGAAGACGCCGUCGCGAAUCGUCAUCAUCUGUUGAAGGACGAGACAAGAAACCCCCAUCUGUUAAUGUCAAAGAAUUCAAGGGCGAUUCGGUCAACGAAAAGAUGGUUUAUGACAUCAAGAUGCAGAACCACUUCAGCCGUCACGCGUGGUAUUACAAUGUGGGAAAUACGAAUCACAAACGUAUUCUCGCUGCCGAAGAAAACCUCAGCGAUGACGUUGCGAAGAAAUGGCAUACGUUCAAACGGGAUGGCCACAAUCCUGAAAAUAUGACGUGGGACGAAUUCGACGCCUUCCUGAUUCGAUGCAUCAAGGAUCCGAGGAUUCUAGGCAUCGAGGCUGAAGGCAAGGUCGAGAGCGCUAGACAGCGCGAAUCCCAAACCGUCACCGACUUCAAUGUUUACUUGAGGAGUUGGGAGCAACACAUCCCACACCCAUUGAACGAAGCGCAACGCAAAGGACGACUUCGUUCAAAGAUUCUUGCAAACCUCCGUACCCUAGCUGUCUCCCGACACACCGACGAACCGGAAGACUAUGAUCGUUUUGUCGUGUGGUUGCAAACUCUUGAAGAUGGCAUGCCGGAGAGACAGGAGGCGUUGCGUAGAGGAAGAAAUCGCCGAAACGGCAACAACACUGGGAAUGGUGGUGGUAACCCACCUCCUGGUCCUCCUGUUCCUCCUGAGUCCGGACAGCAACGGUUCGGUCGGGAUAGGAACCGAAACGGGCAAAACCGCAACUUGAAUCGUGAUAACGAUCGAAACAAAUCGGACAAAUUGCCAUCUGGAUCGCAUAACCAGAGUCACAAGAAACAUCAGCGUGACAAAGACGUUACGUGUGGUAACUGUGGGAAAAAGGGCCACACCGAGCUUCAGUGCUGGGAUAAACACCCCGAGUUGAGACCCAAAUGGGCAGCUCGGAACGUACAGCGGAAACGCGGGCUUUGCAUAUCUGUCUAUGCAUAUAUCAAGACAGAGCAAGGACUGGUAAAGGCUCUCGUGCUGAUUGAUGGAGCAGCCGACAGCAACUUCGUCAGCAAAACAUGGGCUCGUCGAAAUAAGAUUCAACUUACGGAACGUGCUGUGUUGGCAGAAGCUGUUGACGGACACAAGAUUGCUACAUAUGGCAAAACAAAGUUGGAUGUGACCGUGCCAGAUACUGGAGAUAUGGUUGGAAGGACGUCGUUGUCGUAUCAUGCGGUCGACAUGACGAAGUACGACCUUAUUCUUGGUGUCCCGUGGCACGUAGCGGCUAACCCAGACAUCCUCUGGAUACAAAGAGAAUGGUAUUACCGAGACGAAACGUCUACAGCGAUCGUAUUAAGGUACUAUCGCUCUCGGAACGGUACAAUCCAGCGCUGGGAAGCAGACCCAAACAAGUCACGUGAACCUAGCACUCCCGAAAUCAUCUCCGCAGUUGAAGCGGAUAGAGAAUUGCUGGAUGGAGCACAAGCUUUCGUUGUUGAACCUGGCGAUCCAGCAACUGGGCCCUCUGACUUGCUGGCAGCGACAGAGAUCAGCAACCUCCCGGAUUAUGUGAAGCCUUUCGCAGAUGUAUUCUCAGAGGAACACGCCGCGGAGUUGCCUCCUCGUACGGAACGUGAUCACGCCAUCGAUAUUGAGCCUGGCAAGGAUCCCCCGUAUCGGUCACUAUACCGUCUCAGCCCUAAAGAAUCGGAAGUGCUACGAGAAUACCUCGUAACGAAUCUGGCGAAGGGUUGGAUCCGUGAAUCCAAGAGUCCCGCUGGAGCGCCUAUCCUAUUCGUUCCGAAGAAGGAUGGCGGUUUACGUCUCUGUGUCGAUUACCGUGGGCUGAAUGCAAUCACGAUCAAGAAUCGUUACCCCCUUCCUCUUAUCGGUGAGACGAUCGAUCGGCUAGCGGGGGCCAAAAUCUACACCCAACUCGAUCUCCGUGAUGCGUAUCAUCGCAUCCGGAUCAAAGAAGGCGAUGAAUGGAAGACAGCGUUUCGCACACGCUACGGACAUUAUGAGUACACCGUGAUGCCGUUCGGUCUUGCCAACGCACCAGCCACAUUCCAGGCGUACGUGAAUCGCGCCUUAGCUGACCUGCUCGACAUCUGUUGUGUGGCGUAUUUGGACGAUAUUAUCAUCUAUUCGCAAGACGAAUCGUCCCACACAGAUGACGUACAACGGGUCCUGGAACGACUACGGCAGUACAAGCUCUACGCUAAACUGUCCAAGUGCGCCUUCGAAAAAACUGAGAUCCGGUUCCUCGGAUUCAUUGUGUCGCCUGAAGGUGUGCACAUGGAACCGGAACGAGUCUCUACGAUCCGUGACUGGCCCGUUCCUCGAAAUGUCCGAGAAGUUCUCCAAUUCACAGGCUUUGCGAACUUCUACCGUCGCUUCGUGGAAGGCUAUUCACGAAUCGCUGCACCUCUCACUAACAUGACCAAGGGUCAUGAGUGGGCCCGGAAGGGAUCGAAAGCGGACCAAGAAGCGAAUGCCAAGUUCGUCUGGACCAAAGAAGCUCAACAGGCUUUCGAUUCACUUAAAGAAAAGUUUACGACAGCUCCGUUCCUGAGACAUUUCGAUCCCGAAUUGCCGCUGCGGGUUGAAACGGACGCGUCGAACUUUGCUAUAUCUGGAAUCCUAAGUCAAUUACAGCAAGACGGGCACUGGCACCCCAUCGCGUACUAUUCGCGCAAGCUGACGGGUCCCGAAGUGAGGUACGAAACCCACGAUUCGGAGAUGCUAGCUAUCGUCGAAGCAUUCAAACACUGGAGACACUACCUCGAAGGCAGUGCUCACACUGUGUCCGUACUAACGGACCAUAACAACCUAACCUACUUCAUGACCACUAAGGAACUGAAUCGUAGGCAAGCUCGUUGGGCCGAGAAGCUCUCUGCGUUCGAUUUUGAUAUUGAGCACCGGCCCGGGACCACCAAUCCCGCGGAUGCACCGAGCCGCAGACCUGACUAUUACACCGGUGACGAACCGGGUAUCACUCUUCUGCCAACUCUACGAGAGAAGUUACGUCGCGGACUCUACUCCAAACCCGAAUCACGUCCUCAAACUGAUAGCAGUGCCGAAUCCGAGCCUGCUUUCGUGCAUCCGGAGAAGCUAAAGGACCCUUCUCAUGUCGACAAACCCACAUCUUUGACGUCUCGAAACGCGUGUCGAAGACAGAAACGUGCCGCUGGCAGUCCAGAUAACCUAGGAAUCUUGACUCCACGAUCUGUCGUGCUGGCAGCCGUACAGACCGAGGCCGCCUUCUCGGAUAUGCCAGAAGAGCUCGCAGCUCUGAUUCACCGUUGUCAACAGGCAGACGUGCUUGCGGAAUCGAUGAGAAAGCAGCUUGCGAAACCGAGAGAAAAGGUGAAACGGGAAGACUGGUCUAUUGGACCGGACGACCUGUUACGGUUCAAAGGCGCGGUGUAUGUCCCACCGGACCACGCGCUGAGACAAGAAAUCUUAAGGACGAAUCAUGACGAUCCCCAAGGUGGCCAUUUUGGCCUAGAACGUACCCAUGAAGUGAUCGGUAGUAAGUACUACUGGCACGGAUCGUACGUCGAUACGCAGUACUACGUCAGGACCUGCAAUCUAUGCCAACGGGCGAAGUCGCACCGUCACAAAGAAUAUGGGUUGCUGAAGCCGCUUCCGAAACCAAACGAGCCGUUUGAGAUCGUCACCCUGGACUUCAUUACGGAUCUCCCGUUGUCGAAGUGGAGGGGUAGGAUUUACGACUCGAUCCUUGUUAUUGUCGAACCACUGACAAAGUACGUGAUCUAUCUAGCCGUCACGAAGGACACUAAGUCCGAGGACCUAGCUGAGAUCUUGUACGAAACGUUGGUCAAGUUCUUCACGGUCCCAAAACAUAUUGUUAGUGACCGAGCCAAGAUCUUCACAUCCGCGUUUUGGAAAACGUUUUGCUGGCACAUUGGGGUGAAACGCAAGCUAUCUACAGCGUUCCACCCUCGAACCGAUGGUCAAACGGAGAGGCAGAACCAAACCCUGGAACACUUCAUGCGAACGUAUGUCAACUUCGAACAAGAUGAUUGGGCAAGAUGGAUUCCCAUGGCUCAACAUGUUUACAACAAUUCGAAGCAUAGUGUUACCGGAACGACCCCGAUGGAAGCCCUUAUGGGUUUCCGAGGUCAGAUCCGAAUCAACGUUGAGGAUCAACCGCCAUCCGAAAAUGAGUUCGACGAAGAUCCUGAAUCGGAUACGCGUCGGCCAUCGAAAAGGGCAAAGAAUGCUACGGAACGUGCCAAGGCUAUGCACGAACAAAGGAAACACCUCCACGGAUUACUGCAGAAGGCAGCCGAAGUGCAAGCACACUACUACAACCGUCACCGAAUGGAUAUGCAGUUCCAAAUUGGCGAUUGGGUUAUGCUUCGGACAACAAACAUUACACCACCGGGAGGCAGGAAAAAGUUCGAUUCGAAACAAAUUGGUCCAUUCCAAGUGGUGGAUACGUGGGGAACGAAUGCCUAUAAGCUGGCACUCCCACCUAGGUUUCGCAAUUUACACAAUGUAUUCCAUGUCUCACUACUCGAACCGUUCCGGGAUAGUGCCCGAAACCCAACACCCCCGGAAGGCACACUAGUGGACGGUUACCUUGAGUACAAAGUGGAAGGCAUCCGAAUGGUACGAGGUCCCCCAAAGAAUCGUGAAUACUACGUCAAAUGGGAGGGAUACUCUGAGGAUGAAUGCACAUGGGAACCUCUUGAAUCGGUCAAAGACACCGCAGCAUUCGAAAUCUUCCUACAGAAUCCGAUAGAGUUGCGUGACGCAAAACGGAAAAGGAAAAAGAAGAUUCAUUGA